AUGCUUCCUAUGCCAAUUGAUUGUACUUCUGCUGUUAGUACUCCUGCUGCCAGUACUUCUGCUGCCAGUACUUCUGCUGCCAGUACUCCUGCUGCCAGUACUCCUGCUGCCAGUACUUCUGCUGCCAGUACUCCUGCUGCCAGUACUCCUGCUGCCAGUACUUCUGCCAGUACUCCUGCUGCCAGUACUCCUGCUGCCAGUACUUCUGCUGCCAGUACUUCUGCUGCCAGUACUUCUGCUGUUAGUACUCCUGCUGCCAGUACUCCUGCUGCCAGUACUCCUGCUGCCAGUACUUGUGCUGCCAGUACUCCUGCUGCCAGUACUCCUGCUGCCAGUACUUCUGCCAGUACUCCUGCUGCCAGUACUCCUGCUGCCAGUACUUCUGCUGCCAGUACUUCUGCUGCCAGUACUUCUGCUGCCAGUACUCCUGCUGCCAGUACUCCUGCUGCCAGUACUUCUGCUGCCAGUACUUCUGCUGUUAGUACUCCUGCUGCCAGUACUCCUGCUGCCAGUACUUCUGCUGCCAGUACUUCUGCUGCCAGUACUUCUGCUGCCAGUACUCCUGCUGCCAGUACUCCUGCUGCCAGUACUCCUGCUGCCAGUACUUGUGCUGCCAGUACUCCUGCUGCCAGUACUCCUGCUGCCAGUACUUCUGCCAGUACUCCUGCUGCCAGUACUCCUGCUGCCAGUACUUCUGCUGCCAGUACUUCUGCUGCCAGUACUUCUGCUGUUAGUACUCCUGCUGCCAGUACUCCUGCUGCCAGUACUUCUGCUGCCAGUACUUCUGCUGCCAGUACUUCUGCUGCCAGUACUUCUGCUGCCAGUACUCCUGCUGCCAGUACUUCUGCUGCCAGUACUUCUGCUGCCAGUACUUCUGCUGCCAGUACUUCUGCUGCCAGUACUUCUGCUGUUAGUACUCCUGCUGCCAGUACUCCUGCUGCCAGUACUCCUGCUGCCAGUACUUCUGCUGCCAGUACUUCUGCUGCCAGUACUUCUGCUGCCAGUACUUCUGCUGCCAGUACUUCUGCUGCCAGUACUUCUGCUGCCAGUACUUCUGCUGUUAGUACUCCUGCUGCCAGUACUCCUGCUGCCAGUACUUCUGCUGCCAGUACUUCUGCUGCCAGUACUUCUGCUGCCAGUACUUCUGCUGCCAGUACUCCUGCUGCCAGUACUUCUGCUGCCAGUACUCCUGCUGCCAGUACUUCUGCUGCCAGUACUUCUGCUGCCAGUACUUCUGCUGCCAGUACUCCUGCUGCCAGUACUUCUGCUGCCAGUACUUCUGCUGCCAGUACUUCUGCUGCCAGUACUUCUGCUGUUAGUACUCCUGCUGCCAGUACUCCUGCUGCCAGUACUUCUGCUGCCAGUACUUCUGCUGCCAGUACUCCUGCUGCCAGUACUUCUGCUGCCAGUACUUCUGCUGCCAGUACUUCUGCUGCCAGUACUUCUGCUGCCAGUACUUCUGCUGCCAGUACUUCUGCUGCCAGUACUCCUGCUGCCAGUACUUCUGCUGCCAGUACUUCUGCUGCCAGUACUUCUGCUGUUAGUACUCCUGCUGCCAGUACUCCUGCUGCCAGUACUCCUGCUGCCAGUACUUGUGCUGCCAGUACUCCUGCUGCCAGUACUCCUGCUGCCAGUACUUCUGCCAGUACUCCUGCUGCCAGUACUCCUGCUGCCAGUACUUCUGCUGCCAGUACUUCUGCUGCCAGUACUUCUGCUGCCAGUACUCCUGCUGCCAGUACUCCUGCUGCCAGUACUUCUGCUGCCAGUACUUCUGCUGUUAGUACUCCUGCUGCCAGUACUCCUGCUGCCAGUACUUCUGCUGCCAGUACUUCUGCUGCCAGUACUUCUGCUGCCAGUACUCCUGCUGCCAGUACUCCUGCUGCCAGUACUCCUGCUGCCAGUACUUGUGCUGCCAGUACUCCUGCUGCCAGUACUCCUGCUGCCAGUACUUCUGCCAGUACUCCUGCUGCCAGUACUCCUGCUGCCAGUACUUCUGCUGCCAGUACUUCUGCUGCCAGUACUUCUGCUGUUAGUACUCCUGCUGCCAGUACUCCUGCUGCCAGUACUUCUGCUGCCAGUACUUCUGCUGCCAGUACUUCUGCUGCCAGUACUUCUGCUGCCAGUACUCCUGCUGCCAGUACUUCUGCUGCCAGUACUUCUGCUGCCAGUACUUCUGCUGCCAGUACUUCUGCUGCCAGUACUUCUGCUGUUAGUACUCCUGCUGCCAGUACUCCUGCUGCCAGUACUCCUGCUGCCAGUACUUCUGCUGCCAGUACUUCUGCUGCCAGUACUUCUGCUGCCAGUACUUCUGCUGCCAGUACUUCUGCUGCCAGUACUUCUGCUGCCAGUACUUCUGCUGUUAGUACUCCUGCUGCCAGUACUCCUGCUGCCAGUACUUCUGCUGCCAGUACUUCUGCUGCCAGUACUUCUGCUGCCAGUACUUCUGCUGCCAGUACUCCUGCUGCCAGUACUUCUGCUGCCAGUACUCCUGCUGCCAGUACUUCUGCUGCCAGUACUUCUGCUGCCAGUACUUCUGCUGCCAGUACUCCUGCUGCCAGUACUUCUGCUGCCAGUACUUCUGCUGCCAGUACUUCUGCUGUUAGUACUCCUGCUGCCAGUACUCCUGCUGCCAGUACUUCUGCUGCCAGUACUUCUGCUGCCAGUACUCCUGCUGCCAGUACUUCUGCUGCCAGUACUUCUGCUGCCAGUACUUCUGCUGCCAGUACUUCUGCUGCCAGUACUUCUGCUGCCAGUACUUCUGCUGUUAGUACUCCUGCUGCCAGUACUCCUGCUGCCAGUACUUCUGCUGCCAGUACUCCUGCUGCCAGUACUCCUGCUGCCAGUACUUCUGCUGCCAGUACUCCUGCUGCCAGUACUCCUGCUGCCAGUACUCCUGCUGCCAGUACUCCUGCUGCCAGUACUUCUGCUGUUAGUACUCCUGCUGCCAGUACUCCUGCUGCCAGUACUCCUGCUGUCAGUACUUCUGCUGUUAGUACUCCUGCUGCCAGUACUCCUGCUGUCAGUACUCCUGCUGCCAGUACUCCUGCUGCCAGUACUCCUGCUGUCAGUACUCCUGCUGCCAGUACUCCUGCUGCCAGUACUCCUGCUGCCAGUACUCCUGCUGCCAGUACUCCUGCUGCCAGUAUUCCUGCUGCCAGUACUCCUGCUGCCAGUACUUCUGCUGUUAGUACUCCUGCUGCCAGUACUCCUGCUGCCAGUACUCCUGCUGCCAGUACUUCUGCUGUUAGUACUCCUGCUGCCAGUACUCCUGCUGCCAGUACUCCUGCUGUCAGUACUCCUGCUGCCAGUACUCCUGCUGCCAGUACUCCUGCUGCCAGUACUCCUGCUGCCAGUACUUCUGCUGCCAGUACUCCUGCUGUCAGUACUUCUGCUGUUAGUACUCCUGCUGCCAGUACUCCUGCUGUUAGUACUCCUGCUGCCAGUACUCCUGCUGCCAGUACUCCUGCUGCCAGUACUCCUGCUGCCAGUACUCCUGCUGCCAGUACUCCUGCUGCCAGUACUCCUGCUGUCAGUACUUCUGCUGUUAGUACUCCUGCUGCCAGUACUCCUGCUGCCAGUACUCCUGCUGCCAGUAUUCCUGCUGCCAGUACUCCUGCUGCCAGUACUCCUGCUGCCAGUAUUCCUGCUGCCAGUACUCCUGCUGCCAGUAUUCCUGCUGCCAGUACUCCUGCUGCCAGUAUUCCUGCUGCCAGUACUCCUGCUGCCAGUACUCCUGCUGCCAGUACUCCUGCUGUCAGUACUUCUGCUGUUAGUACUCCUGCUGCCAGUACUCCUGCUGCCAGUACUCCUGCUGCCAGUACUCCUGCUGCCAGUACUCCUGCUGCCAGUACUCCUGCUGCCAGUACUUCUGCUGUUAGUACUCCUGCUGCCAGUACUCCUGCUGCCAGUACUCCUGCUGUCAGUACUCCUGCAUGCAAGAGGGAGUCCUCGAUCAAUUUAAAAUACCCUGGAAAGAUAUCUUGUUGUUGUUAA